AUGAAUUCCUGGGUUGGAGCACUGAGUACCUUUGGACAGAACUUGAGAUAUGGCGGGCCACAAUGUGUCAUCUUCGCUCUUAUAACUGCAGGAUUCGUCCAAUGGGCGGUCACGCUCGGGUUGUCCGAGCUCGCCUCUGCAUUUCCCAGCUCUGGAGGCCAAUACCAUUUCACUUAUAUCCUUGCUCCAGAGAAGUUCAAGCGCUUUGGUGCGUUCGUUAUCGGAUGGAUGUCUGUUCUUGCUUGGUGGGUUGCCACAACCUCAGGCCUGUCACUCGUCGCAAUCUCAUCCACUGGACUGGCCGCCUUUGUCAAUCCAAGUUAUACCCCAAAGAGCUGGCAUAUAUACCUCUGCUAUCUCGGAAUGGCUUUGAUCUCCGUAACACCUCUUUUCCUGUUCCCAAAAUCCAUUCCCAAGAUCACAUCUGGCUCUAUGUACCUUAGUCUUACUGGCUUCUUGGUCUGGUUCAUUGUGAUAUUGGCAAUGCGGCAACACACCAAUAGUGGUGAAUUCAUCCUACAAUCGAACAUGGGCACUAGUGGCUGGGGACAAGGCACAGCGUGGACUCUUGGAGUUACUAAUGCGAUGUACUGCUUCGGGGGUACGGACUCUGCGAUCCAUAUAUCAGAAGAGAUGCACGCUCCAGGGCGUAAGCUACCGGUGGUUAUGAAUUUAACGAUGCUUAUCGGUAUAAUGACUGCCGUCCCCAUCAUAGUCGCCAGCAUGUUUACGAUAUCUGAUAUGACCGGUGUUAUGAAUUCUGGCUUCCCUGCCGUUGAACUUAUGUAUCAAGCGACAGGAAACCGACCUCUGACGAUAUUCCUGGCGGUUUGGUUAAUUGUCAUCUACGCAUCUGCCAUGCCUCCUCAGUUUAUUGCAUGUGGGCGUAUCGCCUGGGCAUUCGCGCGAGACCGAGGAACCCCAUUUCCAGACUAUUUCGCACAUAUCGACACCAAGUUACAAUUCCCAGCACGAGCGACUGUAGCGGCCUUCGGGUUUAACGCUCUUUACGGUCUAUUGUACCUUGCAAGUACGACCGCAUUCAACUCCAUCAUCACAUCCGCGGUAUUGUUCCUCAAUAUCACGCUGGCGGCUCCACAAGCCAUUCUCGUGCUAAGAGGCCGGAAUAAAUACCUCCCAGAACGACCUUUUAAGCUCGGUCCUUUAGGAUAUUUCUGCAACAUAUUUUCUAUGCUCUGGAUUCCUGUCCUGGUCGUAUUGGUGUGUAUGCCUCCCGGUCUGCCGGUCACAGUCGAGUCUAUGAAUUACACAUCGAUAAUUUUGGUCGGCCUUCUCGUGCUGAUAGUCAUUGGUUGGUUUGUGUUUGGCCACCAAUUUGAAGGCCCAAAGAUUGAUUGGGAGAUGUUGAAUCUCGGAAAUAAAAUGGAGUCUGAGGGGAAAAAACGGUGA